AUGUCCCCCAUUCACGAAGCCGACGAGCACCCGCCCACCCCCUCCACUGCACAACAACCUCGCGGCCACCGCCCCGCCGCGCUUCUCACAGGCCGGCCACCCAAGCAACACCACAAGCGCGACGAUUCCGCCACCUCCUUCGCGUCCUCCCUCGCUUCCACCUUCACAACCACCACGAACGCGCCACCGACGCCCUCGCGCGCGCGCUGGCAUCAAAUCCGCGAGCAGCUCCUACCCUCCUCGGCCUCCGUCAUCUCUUCCACCUCUACGAUCGAAGGCAAGCCCGCCGCCUCGCGGCUGCGCAUCCCCUCCACGCCGACGCCUCCCUCCCUCCCCUCCGCUUCAGGCCGCAGCACCCCGACGACCCCGCGCCCCUCGCGCCUCGCUGCGAAGCUCGGCUUUCGCCAAAUCGUCAACGAGGCACGCGUGCAAGCCUCCGCCUCCUCCUCGUCGCUCGCCGCAGAACGCGACACUCCUGAGGCGGCGUACGCGCGCAAGUUCGCGGAGGAUGUCCAGGCCGCGUGCUGGGCCGCGCGCUUCGUCGAAUCCUCGGCACAUUCUCAUUCCGGCGCGAGCUCGCGGCAUGGCACGGACAUCUCGGCCUUCUCCACGGGCAGCUUCAUCCCGACCUUCAUGUCCACCACCUCGCUCCCCGCCACAGCGCACAACAACUCGAGUACCGCGGCGCUGAAUAUCCUUAAACCCGGUACGGCCAAGGUACCCUCGCUCCGCCAGCUGCACGACGUGCUGCUCCAUUACGCGUCAACUGCGUCUGCGGCGCGCGCGCCCACCGGCCUCCCGCACGAGAGCGAGGUGCUCUCUGCGCUCCUCGUCCCGUUCUCGCACAUUGGCGACGCGCGCCGGACGAGCGAAGACGAGCAAGCGCUCGCGAGCGAGGCGUUCGAGGUCGCAGUCAAGACGUGGCCCAGCCGAACGAGCGACGGCGAGCUGGAGCGCUGUGUAUGGUGCUGCAAAGCCGUCGUGGCGCCGUCCGCGCUUCGCGGCCGGCUCUUUGGAAUCCUGUACUCGAUCCUCUUCCCGCGGACGCGGACGUUCUCGCUCGACGCGCCGCUCGCCGUACGCACGCUCGUCCAGGCGCUCUUCACGCUCCUCGCCGCAUUUGAGAACUCGUACAACUCAUUCCCGGCGACGGACCAGGAGAUCGAGUUCGUGCGCGACCUGAUCCAACGCGUGGCGUCCGGAGCCUGCGGCGCGCUCGCGCCCGAGGCGGUGGAGGACGAGUAUGGCGUGCCCGCGGGCGAGGACGAGGACUGGGAUGCGGUGCACCGCCUCGUGGUGCUCGAGGGGCUGACGCGGUGCAUGGAGAACGGGGACGAAGAGAGGCGGAGAUGGAUGCUGCGGCACGCCGUCGACGAGCACUGGCCGGAGCCUGACCCGUUCGCCACGCCCACGCCGCUCACGAUCCGCAUCGCGGUCAGGAAGACGCACAAUUUCCUCCGCGCCGCUGCGGCGCUGCUGUCCUCGCCCGUAUCUUCCUCGUCCCGCCACGACGCCGACGCUCGCGCCAUCGCGCGCAUCCUCCGCACACGCGUGAUCCCCGAGAUAGAAGCUGUACCGAUGCCGACGCUAGAGAAGGAGAAGGAAACGCUCGAGAGCCGAGCGCGGUGCGUGCGCGUGCUGCUCGAGCUCGCAGCAGUGGGCGAGACGGUGCAAGAGGCAGGUGCGGCGCUUGUCGAUUGGCUGCGCGAGGGAAGGGAAUGGAAGAAGGGGUGCGAGGAGGCCGUCAGACGUCUGGUUGCGGAGGAGGAGUGGAAGGAUGUCGUGUUGCUGCUAACCGCCCUAAUCAAGCGAUUGGAGGAGCAGGAGGAUGUAAUCGAGCCGAUGGUCGCUUUCUUGCUUCCUCUACUCAAUGACCGCAUCGUGAUGCAGCCUCCAGACAUGCCCUGUCAGCCGCUUACAGACCUCCUGGAUUACCUCUCCCAGAGGUUCCCCAAGCUUUUUUACAAGCCGCUCUUCGCAUGCGCCGCGUCGACCAAGGAGGUUGCGAUCGCGAACCACCUCGCCGUCCUCGUUGCGCUCACGCGCUUUUUGCCGGACUUCUGGAUCCGAGAUACCGAGAUGAUGUGCGUAGCGAUCAUGAGCGACGCCGGGGGUGCGAAACGUGUAGCGGACACCGCUCCAGGGGCAGACGGUACAUUACCGUGGGGAGCGCCACGCCUCGGGCAGAGCGUGCUGAUCACGGAGCUUGUGGGUAGGAUUCGUGCGACGAGGACGGCGUUGAGCCACGACACGGUUUCCUCGGACCAAUCCUAUCGAGCCAUGUCGAAGUUCGCGAUGGUGCUGGAAUCGCGAUUGGGAAUCCUGUUGGAUCCGCGGGAAAAGCAGAAGCUUGUGCCGCAGUCACAGCGUGUGCUAUUAGUCUCGCUCUUCUUGGAGAUCCGCCUGCUCACGCGUUCUUUAAAACCUUCCACGUGGCUUACCCGAGUUUUAUCAUGGACGUUGUUCCUUCUCGGAGAUCAGCGUGCUGAGGACGAUAUUCAGGAUCACCUCGAAAAACUCGAGGAAAUUUACCAGCAAGCUCAGCAGAGAUCGCGUGCUGCCAACCAGGCAAGUGGUCCAUCUCCCUCGCAUCGCACCCUGGCUGAUCUGCUCUCAGCGCAGGAGUACGAUACUCUUAUAUCUGCUCUUGCGGAUAGGAUCAAGCUCAUCAUGGAAAUUGUUCGAUCGCCAACUCUGCCAUUCAUCGAAAUUCUGGUGGCUCUCUCUGGUUUGUUGUCCGCCCAUGACUACGCGAAUCUCGGACCAUCCAUAUGGAACGCGUUUUUACUCACAGACGAUGUAAAGCUGGUUGCCCCGAUGUGCUUCUUAAUCAACCAGUGCGCUGAGAAGUCCCCUGAGGCUAUACUGUCAACGAUCACCGCAGAUAUGCAAAGUCCCGAAAGCUCAACCCGGGAUCUGGCUGUCCAGAAACUCGCCGCGCUUUCUAGCCUACGGUUUCAGGUUCUAUCACAGACCGUGAUUGUUGACCGCAACCACCCUCGUCCAUUCAAGUUCACACGGCCUCAGAUGUCGUUCGUCGCGACAGACAUCGGCUCGAGUCUGUACGUCCGCGACGAGGAGCUGGAUGAGGGCAAAGAUGGGGACGGUACUACAUUGCCUCUGGAACUCCGGAAACGACUUUCAGAGAUUGGUUGGGAACACGAGGGCAAGAUCGUCGAUCCGAAGGUAGAACGAGCCAAGACGCCUGUAUCAUUGUUACCAAUCCGAGAGGUGGACCGGAUUGACGACGUCACCGACUCUGGCCAUCCACCUAGUCCAACUGCUACUUCCGAAAUACCCUCUAAGGCACCUGGAUCUCCAGGAGGUGGCCUCUUGCGGCGAAAGUCAAGUACAGGCUCCUUUCAAGGCGUCAAGAAGAGGGCCGUCUUCGUCCCUUCCCUCGGGAGAGCAUUGCCGCACCUCGCGGCCAUGACCACGGAUUCUGAUUUUGCGAUUGCUAGCUGCGCGAGGGCAGUCAUCCUUGACAUGAUGCGUGAUGACCCGAUUCUGCUCGGACGACCGGCUUUCGACAUCCUGGGAGGCGAGGAACGAGACGUAGCUGCUGCCAUUUCGACAAUCCGGAAAUACAUGCAUGUGCAGGAGACGCUACCACCUGCGAUGGCUCACCACGUGUUCAACAACCUCACAGGCUUCCUACGAUUCGCCCGUCAAACGCAGCAAAUGGACUCCCUCCAAGGAUAUGCUUACUCCUUAUCCGUCUUGGCGAAACUUGCGAACCAGGUUAGUGACAUGUCCGUACGGGAGUUGCGCCGAGCCAAGGUCGACGCGUUCUUCAUUCCCACGGGCGCGCUCUGGUUUUCUGCACAAUCCCCUGAGGGCCCCAUGUUUCCGCGGAAUCUCUCAAAGACGGAUGGCUCAAGCUCAGCAGUGCCACCGUCCCUCAUCUGGAUCACGCUGGUUCGCGUUUCCCAAAACAUGUUCUUCCUGGCGAUGCUGAAGCGGAAACCUCAAGAUGUUCAAGUCGUCAGGAAGAGCCUCUCAAGAUUGGAACUACCAUCUCUGGACGAAACCUCGACCAGCCCUCCCCUCGAGCUAGCCGACUUUGUUCCUGUGAAACAAAACUGGAUGCGAGAUAACAAUCUACCUCUUGCUGCCCUGUCUCUGGUCUUGUCAAGAAGCUACUUGCUACUCAUAGCUCAGUUAUUCCGAUGCAUGUCAAGGCAUCUUAGCGAUCGCAACGAGCUUGCGGUCCAUGUCGAUGGCAUCAACCGGAUCCUGCUCGCUCAUGGGCAUGAUAUCGGUAUUGUCGGGCAAGCUAUGGUUGCGUUGAUGGUUGCGACAACCCGUUUUCGCCGUCUUUUCACCUCCCGAGGUGCCUAUGCACUCUUCAUGCCCGCCGUCAUCAAGGUUUAUACGGAAUGUGAAUCGCACUCCGCCUCGUCCGGAAUCCGCGAAGCCAUAGAGUAUGCUAUAAGCCGUUUCUACGCGUUCCACGAAGAAUCCUUUGUCUUCCAAAGCAUCGACGCUAUGGCCAAUAUCAUCGCACUUCCUAGAGCUGAUGCCUCGUGGAUAGCGACAAACAUCUACAUGCUCUUCUCGACGCUGAAGAAUAACGCAAUCGACGUCACGCCCGUUGCAGCUGGUAUCCGGGACCUGAAUAAAGCCCAAGAGAAGGAAGCCCUCCUGCUUAAUGCCGCCGAGGACAUCCCUCAGACCGUCUUGGCAAACUUACGCCGAGGUGGAACGCAUGGAGAGGUCACCGCGGUAGGCGAUCUAUAUGAGCACGAAGAGAAGAAACUCGGCCUAGGAAAUUUUGUUCGCCUUUUCCUUACCGUCAUCGCGCAUGACCCAACGAUUCUCCGGGCUGAGCGGUUCCUUCGCCUAUUACGUUACCUUGCGCCGAGCCUUUACAACGCAACGAGCACUGCCAGAAAUAUUCUCCGAGACGGGAUUGAAGCACUGGGAUUGAUCAUUCUGACCAGGGCUGCUGCCAAAGCCAAGGUUCCCGAGCUUGCACAGUUGCGUCCGGGCGGAGACCGCAGCGUAGAGAUUUUCUCCCAGGAUGCGCCUAUAGACGAUAUACUCGGUGUCAAGCACAUGGCACCCAGUGAUCUGUCCGUAAUGCGUCUGGACUAUCUUGCCCUGGUCAUUGCUUUUGUCCAGCCCGGAGGCGAUAUAUCUUCUUUAGCCUUCCAGAGGACGGUCGAGAUCAUCAAGACAAUCUUGAGGGACCCCAGCAAGCUCAGUCGCGCCAGAGUGGAAGAGUUCUUGGCCGACUUCUGCCGAAUAUCCCUGUUUCCACCGCAAGGGAAAGAUAAACCAACAGCGAAACGCGUGGUGUCAUUUUUGGGCCAGAUCAAGUCACUUGCUACGUCGCACAUGGCCGUACUUGACCUCCACAAGCUCUAUCAUGUUCUCGUGGAUUUGGUGUCCGACGUCACCUACGUCGACGACUUACUGUUCUGUCGCGUCGUGACCCAGUUUUGCGCGGCAGCGCUGGACGCGUAUGCUUAUUCCGCUGAUGAACAUCUAAUAUCGGACUUGAUGUCUCAGGCACUUGUCCAGCUUAUCUACACCAUGAUACCCAUCACCAAAGUCGAUGUCCUUGCAGAGCUGGAGAAGCACGAAUCCUCACACGGAGUCCUGACCAAAAUUGUGCUGCCCUUGGUCAUGAAGAUGAAGUGCGUUGCUGACGCCGACAGUGUCCAGCCCGACAAAGUGUGGAACCACAACCCGUAUCAGCGUGCAUGGGUACGACUACUAGCAUAUGCUAUUGCGGUUUGCGAGGAUACAGGCGGCGUUAGCGAUCUUUCUCGCUCAGGUUCUUUUGGACAGGGUGGCGAACGCACCAAAACACAGGAAAAACGAAGUCGAUACCCGCGAGAUGGCCUCGUAAUCACCAAGAUCGUGGCAAUCCAGAUAGUGCAGAUCAUUGUGGUCCGAGCACAGACGGAGUUAUCGGACCUGCUUCCCGGUAUAUGGAACCGGCUCGGCCAGCUUUUGCGUGCAUGGCUCGUCGAAGGUGACGCAUCAUUUGCACUUGCUCCGCACAAUCAUAGUCCCAUUCCAUCUCCUGCACAAUCACCCACGAGGAAGAAUUUCCCUCUUUCGCCCACGUCUCCUGCUGGCGACCGCCGCUUUUCGGUCGACGUCCGGAUCUCCACAGACACCAAAUCGGGCAGCGCUUUGCCGCGAGUCAUCGACUUUCUCACCUGGUCCCUUCUGGAGAUCAUCUGCCUUCACCGCACGCCGUUGAUGAUCCAGAUGCGCUCAUUCAUGCAGGAGCGGGUCGUCAGGCUAGACCAGCAGCUGCGCGCGCAAGAAAACGACUCCUUCGCGUUCCUUCCCAGCCCGCGCAGUGGACGCCGCGUCUCCACAACCUUCGCCAAGCCUAGGCGGCCAUCUGUGGCUUCGGGAGCAUCAUCCCCACGCACGUCAAUGCACAUCCCUUCACCGGCAGCUUCGCCGGCUCAUCCUGCGUCGACCCCUCCUCACCUAUCCAUCGGAGCGCCGCUAAGGAGACCUGGGUACGACCUCCCAAGCCCCACUGGUCUUUCUCCAAAUGCGCCACCGCCGAGGGCGGGGCCGAAGAUCGUGCAUUUGGGACCUGUACGCCAGAACUCCGGCUCAACAAGCCAAGGAUUCGACAAUCGAGAAGGAACAGCGAGGCGUCGCCUCGCGGCCAUGCUGAAGUCGGCGAAAGUUACGUCCCCUUCUCUUGUGCGGCGAACGUAUGCACGUGUCAGGCUCGUCCAGGAGACUCUCGGUUAUACCUCCUUAGUGCCCGCAUACGACGAGCAGCAGGAACAAGUGAAUAUGCCUGAGAUCAAAGCGAUGUCACGGACGCAAGCAGUACGGAGCAUCAUCGAGGAUAUUCAAGCAUUGCUGGAGGAGUUCGAGAUGAAGGAUUUCGCCGACGAUAUGGUGAUCGUGGAUGUGGAGCCGUCCAAGAUGCCGAGCACUGUACCUCAAGGGUUCUGA